AUGUCCCUCAGCACUCCCCUCCGCCGCACCGCGGCCACCACCUCCCGUGUCCAGACCUCCACCACCUUCAUCUGCUCGCAAUGCCGACAUGCUACUCUCCUUCGUCGUCCUAGACGCCCUUACCAAUUCACCCAGCUGAUUACCCUGACCGACGGCAGCACCUUCACCCACCGUACCUCUUCUCCUCUUCCCGUUUACCGCUCGACUCGUGACACGCGCAACACUCUGCUCUGGAACCCGACUUCAAGCAAGCUCAAGAGCGUCGAGGAUGAUGAGGCUGGUCGAUUGGCGGCUUUCAGAGCUAAGUUCGGUCGCAGCUGGGAUGUGAACACGCCUCUGGAGGACUCUUCGAAGACGACGGACAAGUCGGCACAAAGUAAGGAGGCAGCUGCUGCGGAGGCCGCUGCCGCUGCUGAAGAAGAGGACGACAACCUGCUGGAUUUGAUCAGUUCGUUUGGUCAGGAGGAGCAGGAGGCUUCUCAGAAGAAGAAGAAGGAUUGA